AUGAUACCCGCGUCUGGCGAUAGGCUACCUUGGCUUCUUUCAAUAUGCCUUGCACUUUUGUGCUUACCUCUUGCCGGUCAAGCAUAUCAGGAUAUCUCAGAAGCGACAUUGAAAGCGCUCCCGCGAGCGGGAAAAGAUUUUGAUAUCCACAACGGCGCCAUUCUUUCACCGAUCCUUAUCCCCCGUGUCCCUGGAACUCCGGGGUCUACGGUAGUUCUUAAUCAUUUUGUAGAUUUCUUUCGGGCCUCCCUCCCUAACUGGAAUAUUGAAUUCCAAAACUCUACAUAUAUCACGCCUGUCUCCAAAGGGAAAGAAGUCCCCUUUGUUAAUUUCGUCGCCUAUCGGGAUCCUCCAUGGGCAUCGAAGGGCGAUGUCGGAAGACUCACAUAUGUCGCCCACUACGACAGUAAAUAUGAACCUAAAGGUUUCAUCGGGGCGAUCGACAGCGCUGCGCCAUGUGCAAUGAUCAUGCAUGCAAUGCGAAGUAUCGAUGAAGCCCUGACAAAGAAGUGGGAAACCUUAAAAGCCAACGGCCAAGCAUAUUCGGGUUUGGAUGACCUUAGUGGAAUUCAAGUCAUCUUUUUAGAUGGCGAGGAAGCCUUCGCUGAAUGGUCCGACACUGAUUCGUUAUAUGGGGCGCGUGCGUUAGCCCAGCAAUGGGACAAUGAGGUGAAUCCGGCCAUGUCGAUAUACAAAACGCCGCUGUCUUCCAUUUCCCUCUUUGUCCUUUUAGAUCUGCUAGGAUCCAAACACCCAACAAUUCAGUCUUUCUAUCCAACCACCCACUGGGCCUACAAAAAACUGGCUGCCAUUGAGCAGCGGCUGAGAGGCAUUAAUGAGUUCAAAUCCGGGGGUGACCCGGUCGAUCAACCCUGGUUUCCCCAUGCCUCUAAAAGCGAACACGACAUUCCUGGUUAUGACCCAGUGUCCGAUGACCACCUACCUUUCCUUGCUCGGGGAGUGGAGAUCAUGCAUAUUGUUGACUUUUCCUUUACCCGACGUCCCGCAUUUCCAGAAGUCUGGCACACUCUGGACGAUGACGGAGAACAUUUAGACAUAGACACGGUGGAAGAUUGGAGUCUUCUUUUCACUGCGUUUGCCGCCGAAUGGAUGGAGCUGGAGGGAUUUUUGCCGAGUUCGGAUGCUGGGCGUUCGACUCCUGUGGCCGAAGAUGAACCGAAUACGAAGCAGAAGCGUUCCAUGCAAUGGAUCGGGAAUUCCGAUAAAACCGAGCUGUAA